AGCAAACCCCCGCACAUUACCUUCAUAUAUAAUCGUUUUUCAGAAGUAGUUGUCUUAGCCAAAAGAAAAGGCCGCGAAGAAAGAUGAAAUCUUACAAUCAUUUCCAUCUUCAAAUUGCCUCGCAUAACUGGGUUGAUGACUGCCAGUCAUUCAUACCCAUAUAAACUUUAAGGAUGCUUUGGAAGAUUUGAAGUAGCGCUAAGAACUGAUAAUUGGAAAAGCACAGAGAUUUAGCAAUGACUAAAACGUUUCUUCACCUUUGGUAAUUGAAAGAGCUUAUUAUUAUCGCAAGACAUAUUGGAGCAGUAGUGAACAAAAAGGCCCACACGCUAAUAUGGUGGACAAACCGGUCUAGUUUUCUAAAUGGGCCUAAUUAAUGUUAUAGUUAGUAUUGAAACUCAUUAAAAUUACAAAAGCUAUCACUGGCCUCUUCACCAAAGCUUGAAAUAAAAAACUUAGAGAGUUCCAAAGCUUGAAACUCAGACACUCUAAGAUUUUGCAGUCUAGAAUCCAAAGGAGGAACUGAAGCCCACCGAUUUUUCAAUUGAGAAGAACUUCAUCAAGAAAAAAAGAGGAAGAAUCAAAAUCGCCACCAGGAAAUUUUGCUCAUUACUAGCCUAAGAAUAUGAGAAUGGCUGCUGCGGCCACUUCAAGGGCUUUUCUCUUCUCCCACCAUUACCAUAGCCUCCCAUUCUUCUUUCCUUCUUUCCUUACUGCAUCUAGGUUACCCACUCUUCACCGUAAUAACUUGAGGAACCCAAUCCUUCUUUCUACCGUCAAGUGUUUGCAGUCCUCAUCUGGGCGUCAAAAUGUGGUUGAAAUUCUUGAAGAGAGGGGGCUGCUUGAAUCUCUAACCAGUGAGCAUCUAAGGCAAGCCUGUUCAGACCCCAGUCUCCCUCCUCUCAAAGUCUAUUGUGGGUUCGACCCAACUGCUGAAUCCUUGCACUUAGGUAACCUUCUCGGAAUUAUUGUUCUCUCAUGGUUCCAAAGAUGUGGCCAUCGCCCCGUCGCUUUGAUCGGUGGUGCCACAGCCCGUGUCGGAGACCCUUCCGGAAAGAGCUUGGAGAGGCCCGAGCUUGACCUGGACACUCUAUCUCUAAACACCUCAGGAGUUUCUAAUAACAUUACAAGAAUUUUGGGUAGGAUUUCCAUCUUGAACAAUUAUGAGUGGUGGAAAGAGGUUCGGUUGUUAGAAUUUCUGAAAGAUGUGGGUCGAUAUGCGAGAGUGGGAAGCAUGAUCGCAAAGGAGAGUGUGAAAAAGAGGUUGGAAUCAGAACAAGGAAUGAGCUACACUGAGUUCACGUAUCAGUUGUUGCAGGGCUAUGAUUUUCUCUACCUUUUCCAGAAUGAAGGCAUUAAUGUUCAGAUUGGGGGUAGCGAUCAAUGGGGAAAUAUAACAGCAGGGACUGAACUCAUACGCAAGAUUCUUCAUGCUGAUGCUGCUGCUUAUGGCUUGACAUUCCCUCUUCUGUUGAAGAGUGAUGGAACCAAAUUUGGCAAGUCCGAAGAUGGUGCCAUUUGGCUUUCUCCAUCCAUGUUGUCUCCUUACAAGUUCUAUCAGUAUUUGUUCUCUGUUCCAGAUGCUGAUGUGGUCAGGUUCCUCAGGAUUCUCACUUUCAUGGACAUGGAUGAGAUCAAACAGUUGGAGAAUGAGAUGGAGGGGCCUGGAUACUUGCCCAACACAGCUCAGCGCAGGCUUGCUGAGGAGGUCACCCGUUUUGUACAUGGUCAAGAUGGUCUUGAUGAGGCCCUCAAAGCAACUGAGGCGUUGAGGCCUGGUGCUGACACUAAAUUGGACUGGAAAACCAUUCAAGCUAUUUCUGAGGAUGUGCCAUCCUGUUCUUUCCCUUAUAAUCAGGUCCUGGAUCUCUCUCUUGUUGAUCUUUCAGUGUCGUCUGGUUUGCUUGACAGCAAAUCUGCUGCCCGGCGUCUGUUGAAGCAAGGGGGGCUUUACUUGAACAACUCAAGAGUUGAUAAUGAAAAUAAGAGAGUUGAACCUCAAGACAUUGUGGAUGGGAAACUUCUCCUUUUAUCCGCGGGCAAGAAAAACAAGGUUCUUGUACAGAUAUUAAGCGACACCUGAGGUGCCUGCCUGAUGAUGCCAAUUUUAGGUGUGAUUUGUGCCCUCUUCCAAGCGGACUGUAUUCCAGUAGGUAACUUGCUUUCUAUGAUGUAAAUCUGGUGGAAGUUAAGAGUUUGAGAAUUUGGACCUUAAAAGCAUCCUCUCUUUAAAGAUGCCAUUUUUCAUAGUGAUUCUUGAAAGCUAGUGCUUCAGGUUGAGGCUUAAAUGCAAAUGUUUCCCUCAGUUAUAUUGAUAAGUUUUCGUUUGGUCAUUGAUUUGAUUUGACGACAGAUCCCUAGCUAUUGUAACCCUCCUGUAUAUUGUUGGGCUUUACUGCUCUGCUUGCUUCCCUAGGCAUAGAGAUGGGGAUUUUUUUUUUCCGGGCUAAGCUAUGGUAGAGAUAGAUGAGUUAGCAGCGGAGAUCUUGUCUUCCCAAGUCUUAAUUAGUCUGAUGAGGAUAUGGAUGUAUGGUAUGGAACUUACAUGGUCUGAUUGGUCUCACGAGAAAUUGACUUGAGGGCAGUAAAGAAUUGAUGGUCACCAUAUUUUUAGUUUUAUUCUAAACUCGGCACUUGAAUAA